AAUGAAUCGAACAACGGGGAAAAGGUGGGGGAGCGAAGCUCGGAGCUGGAUUACCAAGCUUGCUGCUGCCAGAUGGAGUAAAACCAACCUCAACAGCUUGACAGGACCGACGCUACUACUCAACUCCCUCUAGUAUCUCUCACAUGCACUCAUGUUCAUGUGACGGUACCUCAAGGUCGGACUAGGGCCAAAAUUCUCUACAGAGACACGCAGAGAGAAAGAGAGGUUGUUUGAUGCUUUUGGGUCUUUCCUUGCAUUGUUCAUGUUCAUCUCUUAGUUCCUUCAAUACCUUACCUCUUACCUCAACUCAAAAAAGUCUCGGCAAUAGCAAACCUUGAGAAUUAAGUAGACGCGUGGGGAAAAGGGCUGAAUGGCAACGACGCCGGCUCCGAACGCAGUGUGUGUCCGAUUAAGACCUUGGGCAUUUUGGCCAGUGACGAUCAAACAAUGGCGGCGGUAGAAGAGCCGUCGAAUCUCCGCAACCGGCAACAACAUGUCGCUUCUGAGGCUGACGCCGAGAGGACCGGGACCUCUUCGUUCCCCGAUGCCACCGAGACGACGACGCUGCUCAACUCGGAGACGUCUUCUCGGACCCUCCACAACGGGUCACCGGCCAGGAGCGGGAGCCGUCAAGACCGGGACUCGGACGAAGACAACGACGAUGACGACGGGCCUAAGCAGUCCAUCAGCAAGACGCGAGCUGCCGUCUUGAUGUUGAGUACCUGGAUUCUCAUCUUCCUCCAAGCAUCAAACACAUCCGGCAUGACAAUGACGCAGUCCAUAGUCGCCGAGGACCUCAACGCCUACUCGCAUGCAAUGUGGUUCACCAGUUCCUACCUCAUCAGCAUGGCCUCGCUGGCGCCACUGUUCGGGCGCCUGGCCACCAUCUUCUCGCCCCGCAUCCUCGUGCUCUGGCUGGGCGGCUUCUUCGGCCUCGGCGGCGUCGUCACCUCGCAGGCGCCCUCCUUCUGGGUCUUCAUCGCCGGCAGAAUCCUGACGGGCAUGGGGGGCGCGGGCAUCAUGACGCUGUCCGUCAUCCUGGUGCUCGAGCUCGUGGGGAAGAAGAGGAGGGGCGUGUUUGUCGGACUGGUGAAUGCGGGCUUCACGAUUGGGUUAUCGUUUGGCGCUGUCGUGUACGGCGCAUUGUUGCCCGUUAUUGGAUGGAGAGCUCUGUUUGGUGUCCAAACCCCUCUCGGACUCCUCGCCGGCAUUGGUGCUUUCUUGAGCAUCCCGAAUAACUUUAGCUCGGAUCACAAGACCAGAGGCAAGUCGGCUCUCCAGAAGCUGGCUCACAUCGACUAUGCGGGUGCUUUCAUGCUGCUAGCUAAUACCUCGCAGGUAUUAACCAUCGUCCUCUUCCUCUACGGCCUGUCAGGCGACAUCAACCCCUUAUCUCUACUCCUCUCAGCUGUGUCCCUCCUGCUCUUCAUCGUCAUCGAAUUCAAACUCGUCACGGACCCAAUCAUCCCAAUCUCCGUCCUCUCCUCCAGGGGCGUCCUGCUCUCCUGCACCGCCCAGCUGCUCUUCAUGUCCAUCCGCUGGACUCUGCUCUACUACACCCCCAUCUUCGUCCUCGCCGUCCGCGGCUACGCCCCCGCCAUCGCGGGCUCUAUCCUCAUCCCCACCAACAUCGGUUUCGGCUCCGGCGGCCUCAUCGUCGGCUGGCUGCACGUCCGCCGCAACGGCGCCUUCUGGUCCCCCUCCGUCGUCAGCCUGACGUGCUUCGCGGCCACCAUGUUCGGCCUCUCGCUCGUGGCCACCGAGACCUCUCCGUUUGCGGUAUUCGUGCUGGCCGUCGUGCUUAACGGCCUCGCUACGGGCGCGACGCUGAAUUAUACCCUCGCGCACCUGCUGCACCUCAGCCAUCCGGACGAGCACUUCAUCUCGACGUCGCUGCUCGGCACGUUCCGCGGGUUCGGAGGUAGUUUUGGAACCGCCAUUGGCGGCGGUGUGUUUUAUCGCCUCCUGCGCUCGGGUCUGGUCGCCAGCUUCACGGAGCUGGAUGGCGGCGAGCGACUGGCGGAGGGGCGGGAGGAGCUCAUCACCAAGCUCAUUGGGAGUCCUGCGCUGGUGUUCCACGGCGGGCUGAGUCCCGCCGAGCACGAGAUCGCGGUGGAGCACUAUGCUGGUGCCUCAAGGGGCACGUGGCGGGCUGCGGCGGCGUUGGCGGUCGUUGCGAUUUUGUGUCAGGCGAGUACGGGGUGGAGGAGCCCUGUUGGUGGGAAGGAGGUAGAUGAUGAGACUGAGGCGAGGGCUACGGUCAUGGAGAAUGAGGGCGUCGGGGAGGCGUAG